CGAGGAGCGACGUGGUCGGUUAGUGUGGUUUGCCGCGCGCUCUCUCUCUCUCUCUCUCGCGGUGACCGUUGGAAGGCAGGCAGACGCCGGGGGCGCGCUUCAGAGGAGGAGGAGGAGGAGGAGAAGGGCUCCUGCGAGGCUCUCGCCAUCUCCCCAAACCCCCUCACCUGUGUGGGGUCCAGUCCUUGGGUUGACAGCUUAGCGGCUCCUCGCCCAGGUACCAGCUACUGACAAUGUCAGGGGAAGGCCAAGACUCGCAUAUUACGGAGGUGAAACCGUUAGUGGACAGAGAAGAGGGCAUCACCCAGCUCCUGCCUGACUUUGAUGUUCAGGAACAAGAUGUUGAGACAGUACAUGGACUUGUCCAUGUCACCAUGUGUGGAACCCCCCGAUUAAAUAGGCCUGCCAUUCUAACGUACCAUGAUAUUGGACUGAAUCACAAAACUUGCUUCAACCCCCUCUUCAAUUUUGAAGACAUGCAAGAGAUCACGCAGCAUUUUGCCGUUUGCCAUGUGGAUGCCCCAGGGCAGCAAGAUGGAGCAGCGUCUUUUCCAGCUGGGUACAUGUACCCUUCCAUGGAUCAACUGGCCGAAAUGCUGCCUGGAAUUCUAAAGCAGUUUGGAUUGAAAAGUGUGAUCGGAAUGGGAACCGGAGCUGGUGCCUACAUCUUAACCAGAUUUGCUCUUAACUAUCCUGAUAUGGUGGAAGGACUCGUUCUUAUCAAUGUCAACCCAUGUGCCGAAGGAUGGAUGGACUGGGCAGCAACCAAGAUUUCUGGCUGGGCUCAUGCUUUACCAGAUAUGGUCAUCUCACACCUUUUUAGCAAGGAAGAGAUUCACAAUACCCAGGAUCUGAUCCAUACUUACCGCCAGCACAUCAUCCAUGAUAUGAAUCAAAACAAUCUGCAUCUCUUUGUCAACUCCUACAACAGCCGAAGAGAUCUAGACAUUGAGCGUCCAAUGCCUGGGACAAAUGUUGUUACUCUACAAUGUCCUGCACUGUUGGUGGUUGGAGACAGCUCUCCUGCAGUUGAUGCUGUGGUUGACUGCAAUGCUAAACUUGACCCUACAAAGACAACACUCUUGAAGAUGGCUGACUGUGGUGGUCUUCCUCAGGUUUCUCAGCCUGCAAAGCUUGCUGAAGCUUUCAAAUACUUUAUCCAGGGAAUGGGAUACAUGCCGUCUGCAAGCAUGACCAGACUCAUGAGAUCCCGCACAGCGUCUGGGUCCAGCGUCACAUCCCUUGAAGGGGGCAGGAGCAGGUCCCACACUGGUGAAGGGUCCCGCAGCAGAUCCCACACUGGCGAGGGGCCCAGGAGCAGAUCCCAUACUGGUGACGGUGCCCGGAAUCGCGCUCACACAGACACCCGCAUUGAGCUCACUCCUAACUCUGCAAACAACGCUGAACAGCCGGGCCCCAAGUCGAUGGAGGUUUCCUGUUAAAUGAGCGGGGCUCAAAUUGGAACCGAAACGUAACCGCCAACCACGGUGUAUCGCGAUAUUUAACCCAAAGUGUGUUCUGUAACACAUGGCUCUGUCCCCUGCCCAGAGUUGAACAGGGACCAAUAAAGCAGACAUCUCAGUUGCUCUGUUCCCCUAACAGAGGUUGCUGCUAUUCUUUCCUCCAACUAAUUCUAGAUUGCUUUAAGACCUGUCCAGUGGUAAAGCUAACCGCAUUUGUGAGAGUCAAGAUUGAAACUUAAUCAGCCUCGAGUCUUGCUCAGAAACAAAGUCUUUGAGGCAGGUAUCCCCACCCCCACCCACCGCUCUAAAAUAAGGCAAAGAACUUGCCCCAGGUUUUUGCAUUGGGAACAGCAAUGCACGAUGGAAGGCUUCUUAGAAAAAGCUUGCCAUCGCUGGUCAAAGCCAGAGUUACUCAAAUCUGUACAUAGUAAUCAAUUGGUAUUAUGUAUCUGGCCUUGUGAGUAGUGUCCAAGGCCUGUUUUCCUACAUGGAUAUGUACUUAAGACAGGAAACUGGAUGCAACUUUCAAGCAAAUGAACUGCCGGAUGUUAUUUUGUGUUACCUGGCACUUAGUUGCAAUUUCCCCCCUUUUAGAACUUAAAUUGCUUAACUAAGUAAGGGUGAGGUUCAAAAGCCUGUCUAAAGCAUGCUGGCCUUUAGUCUUCGGUUUUGCACCUUGAAGGCUAUCUGGAGGUGGCAAAGCUACUUGGUCCUAGUUGUAGUAAGGGUAAUUCUACAGGGCCGUUGGGUGCACCAAGGGUUCCCUGCUGGUGAGGGUUUUUUUUCCUGAUCUCUGUUUGCUUGAGGCAUUUGGGCAGUCAUAACAAAGAUUGGGUUCUCCAAUCAGACCCAUUAAUAAAUUGACUUAGAAGGGGGAACAUUUGAAUAAUGGUUAUAAAGAACUAUAUGGUCAACUGCCAUAUUCCUUAGGCCCUAAAACUUGAGGGUUAGGACUGAUCCUGGACAAAGUGUAUCCCACAAUGUUUAUGAGGGGGGGGAGAUGUAAGGCUGUAAUGGAGAUUUACUUUGAUGACUGUAAAUGUAGAGAGAUGUAUUGAUUCUGCAACUUAAAGCUAUUCACUUGAUGUCUGCAGAGCUGUAUUUUGGGGAAUCUACGGGCAACCCAACGGAUUCCCAGCAUAGAUGGGAGUUUUAGUUUUUACAGAUUUGUCUUUCCACUGGCUUUCUAUCUAUUUGCUACAUCACCACUCUUAAUAUAGCUAAUGAAUUUUGGAUAUCAAGCAUUUAAAGCAACAAGCAUCUCUACACCUGAAUAUAUCAGGUAGUAAAAGAGAACUGAUCUCUAGUGUAGGUUAAUCACCUAUUUUUAAAAUGACAGCUUCAGAGUUUCCUGGGUGGUUUGUAAGGAGGAACAGCAGACUGUAAUUGAGAGGCUAAACUUGUCUAUUUGGAGAAAGUUUAUUAAUGAAUUAUUUGUAUUUAUUUCAAAAAGAAAAUAAAUUUGUAACUUUGCA